CCUGUUUGUAAACAUUCAAUUUUCUGUCCAAUUCGGUUGUCUUGGAUAAUUAUGUUGCAAUUAUAAUUCUGGAUCUAAUUAUCCAUAUUACGGCUACUGAUCUUUUGCAGGAGAUCAAUUAGCUGGCAAGUCAAAUUUCUAUUUUCAGAUGUAGCUGAUGUCAUCAAGGUGAUAUAGAAGAGUAAGAUAACAACAAUGGGUGUGAAGGAUUUAUGGAGUCUUGUAUCUCCCACUGGAGAGGUUCUUCCUUUGACGGCACUUGAGGGGAAGGCAGUGGCAAUUGACCUGUCAUGUUGGGUCGUGGAUUGCCAGGCUUUGCACCUUGGCCAUGUGGCUCGUCCCCACCUCAGGAAUCUCUUCUUCCGUACAAUGGCACUGCUGAACAAUGGAGUCCUGCCAGUAUUUGUACUUGAAGGAGAUGCCCCAAGUAUGAAAUGGAAUACAAUCAGCUCCAGAAACCAAAGAAACUUCCAUUCUUUGGCACACCCUACGGGAAAGAACUUAUCUGCUAAAACAGGAAAACGAUCAAGAUUCAAAUCUGUUCUCAAAGAGUGUAGAGAACUCUUAGACAUGCUUGGUGUGCCAUGGGUGCAGGCAAGUGGGGAGGCUGAAGCAACUUGUGCAGCUUUGAACUACCAUAAUAUGGUUGAAGGAGUUAUCUCUCAGGAUAGUGAUGUCUUCCUUUAUGGAGGCCAGACGGUAUUUAGAAACUUUACAGCAAAUCAAAGUAAAGCGACAGUAGAGAAAUUUAGCUUGGAACUGUUAGAGCAGCACUUGAAGCUGACUCGUGGAGGACUCAUCUUGCUUGCUCUUCUGCUUGGCUGCGAUUACUUCCCAGCUGGCGUGCAAGGUGUAGGGAAGGACACGGCUGUUCGACUCCUGAGAGUAUGGUACCAGAAAGGGGUGAAGGACCCAGUACGGAGAAUGCAGUCCUGGGCUGACAGUUAUGGGCAGUCUUGUCAACACUCUAAUCUAAAUGCAAGAAAGUGGAAAAAUGGGAAUGAUGAAGAGUUAGAAGCUGGCGUGCGGGAUAGGAUGCUGGCAACAGAUGGCUUCCCCUUCACCGAUAUCAUCCAGGAAUUCCGAUGCAGACUGGACCCACCCUCGCUGAAGGUCAAAUGGAGUCGGCCUCAGUUUUCAGACCUCGUCAGGUGGUGCAUCGUCAAGCUAGAAUGGGAAGGGAAUUAUGCCGUUGAGAAGAUAUCGCCAGUUGUGACUCGCUGGAUGGUCACUUGCGGCUGGUAUGGGGGAAGGAUUUCCUACCCAGACCUAGGCCUCAUGCCACUAAGCAUUGUGAAGCGGUGUGUCCGUCGAGGGGUGUCUUCUUGUCAAGUGAAAUGGAAAGUAUUGAGCCCAAACCUCCCGGAGAAUUCUCCCGUUGAGCUUACCACAGACGAGCCUCUUCACCUGCUGCAGGCUUCAUUACCAGCGCUUCUUGAGGAAUUUGAGGAGGCUAAGGCUACUAAGAAAGGCAAAGGAGGCAAAAAAUCGAAAAAGACUGAUCAGAAGAAAACAAAGGCUAAAGGCAUCAGUAAGGAGAAGAAGACACAAGCCGGUAAGAAGAAAGAGGAAGAGGAAUACAUCGCACACGAAGAGGAAGAAGAAGACACAGACGAAGACCUUUCACUCAUCAUAGAUCGCCUUGUCAGUAUUGACUUGACAGGAAGGAAUAAGAACAGUGAGUGUAAGUCUGUCCCAGUUUCAGACAACAGAGACAAGAAUUACAUUAUUUCUAAGGAAGGGACCUUGAAGGAAUCUACUUCAACUGUAAAUCAAAAAGGAAAAUAUGCAAAUAAGGUGGAUGAAGAAAAGAAAGGGUGGAUACAUAAAGGUAGGCAGGACCUUGAUGAUUCGACAGAAAACAGUGAUGAAAAUGAUAAAGAGAACCAGCCACUGAGUCUGAUGGAUCGCAUAUCGAGGAGAAUUGGAAAGAAUCAUAUCAGAUCGAAAUUAAAGGCAUCCAAGGGACUGUUUGCAACACUUCAUACAAAAAACAGUAACAUUGAAACAGAUAGUGACAGUGAGAAGGAAAAUGAAAGAAAAGAAAAAAGUAGAGAAAUUGAUGGUGCAGAUUUUACAAAGACUAUUGGCAGUUCUGAAGUAAAAUCUGUAUUGUGUAAUUUGGCUAGUAAUUAUCAAAGUGAAAUUUCAAGUGAUAGUAUAGACUUUAAGGAUAAAAUCCCAGAGGAUAGCUUGAACUUUGACAAGGAAGUUUUAGAGUAUAUUCAGAACUUGGAGGACAAAAUACCUGAAAACAGUUUUGACUUUAAUUAUAAGACUACACAAAAUAAUCUAAAUUUUGAGGAUAAACUUCCAAGUUGUAGUGGUAAAUCUAAUGAAGAAGUUCAGGAGGAUAGCUCAGACUAUGAAGCUCCAGUGGAUAAUGAAGACUUUGAUGAUACAGUUCCAGAAAUUUUUAGAUUAGAUUAUUCUGAAAAUAAAACUGAUGAUUGCCUUGUACAUGAUAAAAUUCCUGAAAAUGACGUUAAGGAAAGUAAAUCCAAUGAAAUAAACCAUGAAUCACAAGUGACAAAUCAGUUACCACAAGAAAAUAAGAAGGAAAAUGAUGAGUCACAAAGGUGUUUGAUGACAAUGCCUAAAGAGAAGCUACAAUUUACACUCAUUGACUUUAGCCUCCUAUCAGAAACUUCUGCAUGUAAGAAUCAGAUUUCCAGAGAUAUGUUUGAUGAUACGGGUGAAGCUCAGGGAAUAUCUCAUUCAACAUUACCUGAUCUCAAUUCUACUCCUGUCUUGGUAAAGACUAAAGGAAUUCUACGAGGGCAAGGUGAUAGUAAGGCUCAAGAUGACUCUGCAUCCAGUAGUUCACAAGGAUGCAAACCAUUAGAGAAUGCUUAUACCCCAAGUCCAACCACCUGGAAAACUCCUGCUGGGAAAACUGAAGGAUCUUUUGAUUGUACAGUGUCUCCUCUAGAACCCUUGUCAGCAAAGUCUCUUCAUCGGUUGCAAGAUUCUCACAAUAAGGAACGGAGGUUUAUUCACUUGCCGCGCACUGGUUGUAACUCGACUCCCUUAGUCAACACUCCAAAGGGUAGAAGUAAAGAUGGCUCUUAUGGGCUGUGCUUCAAACUCCUUGACACUUUUAGCUGUUCAGACACUGGUGAAUCAUUCAGCCACAGUGCACUUGAAGAAAUUGCUGCCUGCUCUGAGGUUAGCAAAGUGAUGGAAAAUUCUCUGAAUCUGUUACAAGACAGUCUCAGAGGAGAUAUCAGUCAGACAGAGAGUAUGAUUACUGCGAAAAAAUAUAUGAAUGAUAUAUCUCUCCUUAAUGAAGAAGAGCGUGACAAAUCAUUUGCGCAAGGGAGAGACAAAAAUCCCUGUUAUGAUGAUAAAACAAACAAAUCUGGAAUAACAUCACAUGGAGAUUCUAAAAAAGAAAAGGAAAACCUACAGUUAGAGACCAUGAAAGAUUGUGGAAGCGAAAAGCAGUUAAAUAAAGGAAAAAUAAGCCAUCUGUUGCAGACUAAGGAGAAACUUGCUGAUACCACGUUUUCACCUGUAAUCACUGGCUUAUCAUUAGCAGAGAGGAUAAAAAUGAAGUGUAAAGAUAGAGCAAUCAGUAAGCUUAUUGAUGACCUGUGAUAUGUCCCUUUUAAUAGUUAUAAAUGACCAGGAUGUUGGUUUGUCUUGCUUGGGCCAUGAAUUUAGAAUACAUUCAGCACAAAUGAAACUUGGUGAAUGCAUUAUAUGAAUUAUACUGUAUUUCAAUUUUAUAUAAAAUAUCUGGUUUAUUAGUUUGCUGCAAAUUUUAAUAUAAAUCUGUUUAUAGCUAUAUCCACUGUCUAUGGAUACUGGCAUGGAAUGUUUUGAUUAUGGUAAUGUAGAGAUCUCAUUGGCAAUAAAGAAAUAUUUUUGAA